AUGGAGGAUUUGACUUGUGCUGCACUGAAUCUUGUGUCAAGAAGAGACACUCUUGCCGUUACUGGAAGCUCGCGCCUUCCAUCGAGAAAGAAAACAUGGGAAGGAAACCGCACUUCUUACACAGCUUACCAAGCCAAGUUGGCCGCCUCUACAGCUCUACCCCUUUACGUGGCCAUCGCCGCCAGCUUCUUUACCUCCUCCCUCCACAACACCAACCCCAUCUUCAAUAUCCACCUACCAUUUCUUUCCUCUCACUCAUCUCCCCUCCACCUCCGCCUCUCCCUCUCCUCCCACUCCCCCUCCUCUCUCUCCCUCCGCCACCACCACACUAACUUUUUCCCGCUCUUCGUUCCUUCUGCCUCCUUAUCUGGCGGAGAUGGCGGCUUCAAUAACCGCACCCCUUCCGGGGGCGGUGGUGGCGGCAACGACGAUAACAAUGGUAAUAACAGUGGCAGUGAUGAGGAUGGUGAUAAUGCGGGGAAUAGGAAUAGGAAGGAGGCGAUGAUGGUGUUAACGGAAUCGAAGCGGACCAUGGAGACUUUGCCUAACGACUUGGUAGCUGCGAUCCAAGCCGGCAGAAUUCCUGGUGCUGUGGUUUCCAGGUUUUUAGACUUGGAGAAGUCGGGAAUUUUCCGGUGGUUGCUUCAGUUUGGUGGGUUCAAGGAGAGGCUGUUGGCUGAUGAUCUGUUUUUCGCUAAGGUUGGCAUCGAGUGCGGCGUCGGUAUCUUCUCUAAGACUGCUGCAGAAUAUGAACGUCGCAGAGAGAAUUUUUUCAAGGAGCUGGAAAUUGUUUUUGCAGACGUGGUGAUGGCCAUAAUUGCAGAUUUCAUGCUUGUUUAUCUUCCUGCUCCAACAGUAUCCCUACGACCACCUCUUACAAGCAGCACGGGACCUAUUGCAAAGUUCUUCUACAAUUGCCCUGAUAAUGCAUUUCAGCACCUGAUCAAUUCAAAUUUCUCAAGUUAUAUGCUUAGGGUAACCGUUAGUUCAUCUAUCAUGCAGCGUAAUGGGGCAAAACUUUUUGCUGCUGGCACCACUUCAUCACUGGUUGGCACAGUUCUGACAAAUGCAUUGAUCAACGCACGAAAGGCUGUGGAUAAGUCUUCAGCUGGUGAAGUUGAAAAUGUGCCUAUAUUGUCCACCAGUGUUGCCUAUGGUGUCUAUAUGGCAGUUUCUAGCAACCUCAGGUAUCAAGUGCUGGCAGGUGUUAUCGAACAGCGAAUUUUGGAACCUUUAUUACACCAGCACAAGCUCAUGCUUAGCGCAAUUUGUUUUGCUGUUCGAACGGGCAACACAUACUUGGGUUCAUUGUUGUGGGUGGAUCAUGCUCGGUUGAUAGGAAUUCAAAAAGCUAAGGAGGAGCAGAAAGAAUUGGCUUGAUGUAUGAGUAUUGUUUUGCAUUGUGGCAGUAGCAUGAAGCAGGGUAUGUCAGUUGAAUUUAGUGGGAAUGGGAUUCAGAUUUUGACCUUUGAAAAUUGAAACCUCAGAAGAAUUAGUCAACAAAGCUGACAUUUUGUUGUUUGUUUUUUUUGUAUCAUUCCAAAAUUUGUUUUGUUGGUUUCGACCAGAUUGAGACACAAUCAGCUAUAAAUUUCAACAUUGAACAUGUA